UAAUGAUAACAAAUGCGUGGUGCUAGCAGGACGCAGGUUGAUUUUCGUCCAUAAAUGUGCCAGUUCAAAAGUAAAUUGAAUAACGCACGUGUUCGGAUGUUAAUUUUUUUCCAAGUUGUGAAAAACUUUAUCUGACAUACCUAGUGGAUUAUAAUAGUUUAUUUCCUACAUUAUCCAGAUAACUCCUGGAAAAAUGGUCGUAUUCACUUGUAAUAAUUGUGGCGAUUCAGUAAGCAAACCGAAAAUCGAAAAACACAUGCAAUAUGAAUGCAAGCGCAAACAUUUUGCAGUUAGUUUUUGUUGUGUCGAUUGUUUAAAAGAUUUCAAUCAGGAUACAGUUAAAGACCAUUGUCAAUGUGUAACGGAAGAGCAAAGAUAUUCUGCGAAAGGUUUUGUAGCAAAAGUAGAAAAAGGGAAAAAAAAGCAAGCUGGUUGGGUAGAUAUUGUUCGGUCUGUAAUGGACAGAACAGAUUUGGAGAAAGAUGAGCAACAAUUUUUAAGUCUGUUAUCAAAUUAUGAUAAUGUACCUAGAAAGAAAUCUAAAUUUCAAAAUUUUUGUUUUUCCACCGCUCCUGCAUAUCGUAAAAAAGGAUAUUUAAUAGACAAAGUAUUUGACAUGAUUGAAACUGAGUUUAAGGCGCAGCAAGCUGUUAAUUCUAAUAACAAUACCAAAAAAUCGGAAAAUACCAAUAAUAGUCAAAGUGCAAAUGACAACACAUCAUCAAAAAAAGUAACAGCAGAUAGUAGUUUUGUUAGCGAAAACCAAGAAAAUAACGAUGUAACUGUCAAAACAUCAAAAAAGAAAAAAUCGCUUGAAAAUGGUAAGGCUGAUGAAGACUCUAAUGAAAAAGAUACUCAAUCCGAGAAAAAGAAAAAAAAGAAAAAGUCCCUUGACAAUAAUAUUGUGGUUGAAAAUUUAGAGGUUAAUUUGGAAGAAUCUUCUGAAUUGCAAAGCAAGAAGAAGAAGAAAAAGUCAAUUCUUAACGGCAUUGUUGUAGAAGAAAAUGGAGUUAAUUCUGAAGAAACAAUAGAUUCUCAAUCUGAGAAAAAGAAGAAAAAGAAAAAGUCAAUUCAUAACGGCACUGUUAUAGAAGAAAAUGGAGUUAAAUCAGAAGAAACAAUUGAACCUCAAUCUGAGAAAAAGAAGAAAAAUAAAAAAUCUCUUGAAAAUGGUGUGGUAGUCAACGAAAACGAAAAUAUUAAUGAUAAUAAAGAUAUAGUUAAUAAAGAAAAUCAUAAUUGUAGUCAUGAAACUGAAGUGCAGUUGAGUAAAAAGGAUAAAAAAGCAAUAAAAAAACAAUUAAAGUAUCAGAAAGAGUUGGAAAAUGUUUCUAGUGGAAUUGUUGAAGAAGACCAUGAACCACUAUCGAAGAAAAAAAAAAGAAAAUUAACUGAUAAUGAAGAAAAGGAAGAACCUCAACAAAAAAUAGCCAAAACUGUAGAAACUCCGCAAAUUCCGGAAAUUCAAAAUGGCAAGAAAUUUGUGUGGGAAGAAGCAAUUUUACAAGUUCUACAGAGUAAAAAAGGCAAAUCAAUAGCUCAGAGUAAAGUCAUUAAAAGAGUCUUGAAUGAAUAUCACUUACUAAAUGAAGUUGCAAAAAAAACUGAAAACGAGUUAGAAAAAAUAUGUUUGAAAAAACUGAAGAAAUUGAAAAAUAUCAAAAUUGAAAAUGAUAAAGUGCAAUUAAUAGAAUGUUAAAAUAAAUGUCUCGAUUAUUAUUAUUGGACUCUUAACGGUGUAACUAUUUUAAAUUUGUAUUGUUGACCUAAUAAAGUUUAUGUAUAUUAAUAAAAUCU